GUCUAAGCAAAAGUCCAAACCGAUUUCCUGGAUGAAUGAGUGUGAGAUCAGCUGGUACCCUGCCGCACCAUGUCCGCAGCUGAGUGGAAGCAGAAGUGUGAGGCGGAGUGGAGUCUGCAGGGCGCUCCGAUGCCCGACAGCCUGGACUGGAAGGCUGUGAAUGACGCCAAACCGUUCAGGAGGAACUUCCUCAAGAACCCCUCGCCUCACGGUUUGAGUAAGGACACCCCUCCACCCGAACCUGACGUGCCUGAAGUGCCAACACGUGGACCUCCACGAUUCCAACCUGAUGGUGACUUCAGCGGAUGGAAGACGAGCAUAGAAGUCCUCCCCUAUGAUACCAGUGGUAUCCCAGAAGGUGCUGUGGUCUGUGAGCUGCCUCAGUACAGCUGGUUCUCCAUGGAGCAGCUUGUGGACCUGAAGGCAGAGGGACUGUGGGACGAGCUGCUGGAUGCUUUUCAGCCUGAAAUAGUCAUCCAAGACUGGUACGAGGAGAGCCAGCUGCACGAGUCCAUCUACCAGCUGCAUGUGAAGUUACUGGGUGCAGACAAAAGCACGGUGAUCUCAGAGCACACUGCGAACCCCACUGAGGACCUGAGCACUUACUCACACAACUGGAAGGAGGUGUCACAUGUGUUCUCUGGCUAUGGGCCGGGGGUAAGAUACAUCCACUUCCUGCACCGCCUCAAGAACAAGUUCAUGGUGGAGUUCUACCCCACGCUGUUCACCGGUAGCUCCGUGAUGGUCAGAGCAACCAAAAGCUCUUAGGCUGAGUCCUGCUCAAAGCUGCAAUGUUGCUGACACGCUCAAUGUAACCAACCAAAUCAACACAUAUUUCCUUCUUAAAUAUUUAGUUUGAUUUAAAUGCACUGAAGACAAAGGGUGAAAUCAUCAGUCAUUUUACUUUUUUUAUAGUGAUUGUUGGGGCAGAUUUUAUAUUCUUUGAUUUUGCUUUUGCUUCUAAGAUAUUUUCAAAGUAAAAGGCCGAAAGGAAUUUAUUUUUGUUCUUUAA